AUGAGAAAGAGGAGGAGUAGGAAGAGGAGGAGGAUGUGGAAGAGGAGGAGGAGGAAGAGGAGGAGGAGGUGGAAGAGGAGGGAGGAGGAGGUGGAAGAGGAGGAGGAGGAGGAGAAGGUGGAAGAGGAGGAGGAUGUGGAAGAGGAAGAGGAAGAGGAGGAGGAGGAAGAGGAGGAGGAGUUGGAAGAGGAGGAGGAGUUGGAAGAGGAGGAGGAGGAGAAAGAGGAGGAGGAGGUGGAAGAGGAGGAGGAGAAGGAAGAGGAGGAGGAUUACAGAUCUCAGUGCCAGACUCUGGGACCUGAUCACACAGGCCCACAGCGAGACAGUGACCCCUGUGUACACCAGAGGAACAGCGACCCCUCUGUACACCAGAGGAACAGCGACCCCUGUGGACACCAGGAGGACAGCGCCCCCUGUGGACACCAGGGGAACAGCGAACAUUUGGGUUGUGUUGGGUUGUGUUGGGUUGUGUUGUGUUGUGUUGGGUUGAGUUGUGUUGGGUUGUGUUGGGUUGUGUUGGGUUGGGUUGAGUUGUGUUGUGUUGGGUUGUGUUGUGUUGGGUUGUGUUGUGUUGUGUUGCGUUGCGUUGGGUUGGGUUGUGUUGUGUUGUGUUGGGUUGUGUUGUGUUGGCUUGGGUUGUGUUUAGUUGGGUUGGGUUGUGUUGGGUUGGGUUGUGUUGUGUUGGGUUGGGUUGAGUUGGGUUGUGUUGGGUUGUGUUGUGUUGGGUUGAGUUGUGUUGGGUUGUGUUGUGUUGGGUUGGCUUGUGUUGGGUUGUGUUGUGUUGGGUUGAGUUUUGUUGUGUUGGGUUGUGUUAUGUUGGGUUGUGUUGUGUUGUGUUGCGUUGCGUUGGGUUGGGUUGUGUUGGGUUGGGUUGAGUUGUGUUGGGUUGUGUUGUGUUGUGUUGGGUUGGGUUGUGUUGGGUUGGGUUGUGUUGGGUUGUGUUGGAUUGGGUUGGGUUGUGUUGGGUUGGGUUGUGUUGUGUUGGGUUGGGUUGAGUUGGGUUGUGUUGGGUUGUGUUGUGUUGGGUUGAGUUGUGUUGGGUUGUGUUGGGUUGGGUUGUGUUGGGUUUUGUUGUGUUGGGUUGAGUUGUGUUGUGUUGGGUUGUGUUGUGUUGGGUUGUGUUGUGUUGCGUUGCGUUGCGUUGGGUUGGUUUGUGUUGUGUUGGGUUGUGUUGGGUUGGGUUGUGUUGGGUUGGGUUGGGUUGAGUUGUGUUGGGUUGUGUUGUGUUGGGUUGUGUUGUGUUGUGUUGUGUUGUGUUGGGUUGGGUUGGGUUGUGUUGGGUUGUGUUGGAUUGGGUUGGGUUGGGUUGUGUUGUGUUGGGUUGUGUUGGGUUGGGUUGAGUUGGGUUGUGUUGGGUUGUGUUGUGUUGUGUUGGGUUGUGUUGGGUUGUGUUGGAUUGGGUUGUGUUGGGUUGUGUUGGGUUAUGUUGGGUUGGGUUGUGUUGGGUUGGGUUGGGUUGUGUUGGGUUGUGUUGUGUUGUGUCGGGUUGUGUUGUGUUGGGUUGUGUUGUGUUGGGUUGGGCUGUGUUGGGUUGUGUUGUGUUGGGUUGUGUUGGGUUGUGUUGUGUUGGUUUGGGUUGUGUUGGGUUGUGUUGGGUUGGGUUGA